ACUAUAACUGGGUGAUCCACGUGCGGUGAUGUAGAGAACAUUGCGAUGAAUAAUGUUACUGUUUAUUUAUUGAAAUGUGACGAAAGAAGCUGGAUUUCAGCUGUUCAACCAAUUGAUCUGCUUUUGUUAUGACAUCUUGUUGUAUAUAAGGCUUGCACUUGGCUUUCUACCAACUGAGAACUCGUUCACAUCAAUCUAAUACCUGCAGUUUUAAAAUGACGACGAAAGAAAUACUUGUCCUUGUCAUUAUUUGUGAAAUAUUUAUUUUCUUAAGGACAGAGUGCUUGCUGUACCCACGAGAAUCAGAGAGUCGCGAAGUUAAAGAUAUCAGUGGUUUGUGGAGUUUCAGAGCUGAUAAUUCUACAAACAGAAAUCUUGGAUUCGAAAAGGAAUGGUGGCAAAAGCCACUGCAACAGACUGGUGAUGUAAUUUUAAUGCCAGUUCCAUCAAGUUACAAUGACAUUACUCAAGACUGGAAGCUUCGUGAUUUUGUUGGAUGGGUUUGGUAUGAGAGAGAAGUUUUUAUUCCAUCCUCAUGGAAAGACUCAGAAAAAUUAAGAGUUGUCCUGAGAUUUGACAGCUGUCACUAUAAUUGCAUUGUGUGGAUGAAUGGUGAACAUGUAAUGAAACAUGAAGGUGGCCAUUUGCCAUUUGAAUCUGACGUCAGUGACAUGGUUGAUUUUGGCUUAAAGAAUCGCAUAACUGUUGCUGUUAACAAUACUUUGACUCCAACAACAUUGCCUCCUGGAAGCAUUGAAUACAUGAAUGAUACUAAAAAAUAUCCACCUGGCUACUUCAUCCAAAACCUGCAAAUGGACUUUUUCAACUAUGCUGGUAUACACAGGCCCGUUCGGAUUUACACCACACCAACUGCAUAUCUCUCUUCAAUCACCAUAGACACGGAUUUUGAAGACAAAAUGGGGUUAGUGAAGAUAGAAACCACUGUAGCGGCAAUGGAAGAUGUGGAGGAGGAAGACCUGUCAGUACAAUACACUUUGUUUGACGCAAACGAUGAGAAAGUUGCAUCUGCUGAAGGAACUGCACUCUUUAAAACAAUGCUUAACAUAUCUGAGGUUAUGCUAUGGUGGCCCAUUGGAAUGAGUCCCAAACCUGGUUAUCUUUACACACUCAAGGUGACUACCCUUUGCAAAACUGGCACUUCAGAUGUGUACCGACUGCCAAUUGGCAUUCGAACAGUGGACAUAAAAGACAACAAGUUUCUUAUCAAUGACCAAGAGUUUUAUUUCAGAGGAUUCGGCAGGCAUGAAGACGCAAACAUUAGAGGAAAAGGACUUGAUCUACCGAUUCUUGUGAAAGAUUUUAACAUGAUGAAGUGGAUGGGAGCCAAUUCAUUUCGCACUUCUCAUUACCCUUACGCUGAGGAGGAUCUCUUCCUGGCAGAUCGUGAAGGCUUCGUUGUUAUUGACGAGAGCCCCGGUGUUGGUAUUGAAGAAGACAACAUGGGUACAGAAAAUCUACGACACCAUUUAAAAGUGAUGGAAGAACUGGUUCACCGAGACAAAAACCACCCAUCUGUUGUCAUGUGGUCAGUUGCUAAUGAGCCAAAAUCGCAAUACCAGAUUGCAGAGGCCUAUUUCAGGAGUGUCAUUGAAUAUACUCGUAAACUCGACCCAAACAGACCAGUCACAUUUGUUACUAACCAAAGAGCUGAUAGUGACAAAGUUGUAAAAUACACUGACGUCAUAUGUGUAAAUAGAUACUACGCUUGGUAUCAUGACCCUGGUCACACCGAACUCAUACAGCGGCAGUUCGAUUCUGCGCUGACUGACUGGUUUGAAACUUUCAAAAAACCGGUUCUUCAAGCAGAGUAUGGAGCAGACGCAGUGCCUGGACUGCAUCGGGAGCCGUCAGUCGUAUUCAGUGAAGAAUACCAAGUCGACACAAUUAAACAGUACUUUCCAGUUUUCGAUAAGUACAGAAAGUCAUUUCUUGUCGGUGAAAUGCUUUGGAACCUAGCAGACUUUGCUACUAAGCAAGACCUAACUCGCGUUGGUGGAAACAAGAAAGGUAUCUUAACGCGUAAUAGGCAACCCAAAAUGGCUGCUCAUGUUCUGCGGGAACGUUACCUCAAGCUAGCUAAAGAAGAGUCGGACGAGUGGGACAAUGACAUCAUCCGUAGCCUCAUUCGGGACUAAAGCAACUAGCAAUAUGAUUGAUAGGUGGUGGCAACCUCUAGUUCGAGCAACUGUACCCGACCUUUCACAAAGAGAUUUUGGUUGCUUCAUGUAAUUAUGACUGAAGCAAGGAAAUUUUAAAUUAUCAAAUUCUACUAUAUGUAACUUAAUUCUUUCAUGCAAAUUAUUCUUAAAUUAUUAAAUAUUAUAUUUUAUUGCAAA